GCGGACCUUCGGCAUUACUGUCUCGAUUGUCAUACUGGAUAUUCUCAUUCUACAAAUACGGCUUCACUCACUGUAAGUCACUCGUGGCAGUUCGAAAUUCACCUCUGCCUCGCGAUCGGCUCCCUUGCGACCUCUGGUCACAUCCAACCUAUUAUCUUCUUUCUUACGCCUUGAUCUCCCUUCUCUUCAACAUACUCAAGCCAAACGUACUUGACCAUGGACGGAGUCAACCAGCCGCCCAAUUAUCCUCCUGCUCCUUCCGUCGAAGACGACCCCGUCUCGCUUUUCGUCGGUGGUGAUCGCGCUAACACUACCUCUACCACAUCGCGCACUAUGUCGGACGCUCCCAAGGGCCCAUCCACUCCCGUAGAUGGUGCUGCCACAAACAACGCCGGCCCCGACAUCCCUGCCAACGGCGAUGCCGUACCUUCGGCUGUCAACAAUGAGGACCCGAGAACCCCAAUCAACCGCGCCCCUUCUGCCCCGCCUGUCGACCGUGUACAGAUUGUCUUGAAGGACCAGGGCGGUACUCAGAUCGCCUUCGGCGUCAAGUCAAGCACACGUAUGGAGAGAGUUCAGACUGCCUAUGCCGAGAAGACCGGCCGUCCUUUGGAAUCUUUGCGCUUUUUCUACGAAGGAGUCCGUGUGAACCCUACCGACACUGUCGCUACUGUAAGUCGCACAUUUGACCGUGAUAUCUCGCAAUACAUACUGAUCGCGGGAACAAGCUUGAGAUGGACAACGAAGACAUCAUCGAGGUCAUGACUGAACAAAUUGGUGGUGGUAGCAGCGGCAGAUCUGAUCACGCCCGGACCAAGCUACACAAGUACGUCGCUAAGGAUUUCUACAAGUACGAAGAAGAAAUCUCUUUCACGGUCAAUGCUGUUGAAGUGGACGGAAAGUGGAUCAAGGAGAUGGAGUUUGUUGUGGGACCCAGUGUCAAGAUCAUGGACUUCAUCAACGCCUGGACCAAGCGCGCUGGUUGCACUGCCGACAAAGUCGUUUUUCGUCACAAUCCAGACAAAGAAGGACCCGGACUUCCGUUCAAGUUUGAUGACGAGACCUUUGGUGAAGUGAGUAAAGGGUCACGUCAAAACAGAUUCUUGAAUGCUUUGAAUUGCUGACAUCGAAGCAGGGCGACUUCCAGAUCUCAGACACGA